AUGGCAUCUCAGCCAAUACUCUCCAUGCCUGACGAUGCUAGCUACAUGGGGGCAUCUCAGACAAUUCCCCUCAUGCCUCACGAGGCUAACUACAUGGAUGCUGAUUCUCCGCAGGUGUUCGGCGUCCUGAUAAAAAAGAAGAAUCUUCCAACUAUAGUAGACCAGAGACGAUGUAUGUGUGAAGCUCGCAUGAAGAUAAGUCUUACAGAUGGAUUGUACUGCAUCUAUGAGUUUGAGCCUGAACAUAAUCAUAUUCUUGCUACUAGCAGUCAAGUUCAUCAUUUAAGAUCUCAAAGAAGAAUAACAGAAGCACAACUUGCAAGUGUAGAAAAUGCUAAAGCAGUCGUCAUUUCAAAUAAAGCUACCUUUGAUCUCAUGGCAAAAGAAGCAGAGGAGGAUGAUGACUUUAUAAAUGCAUGGAACAAUUUGCUAGACAAGUAUAAGCUACGAAACAAUCAAUGGCUCCAAAGAUUAUUUGAUAAAAGGGAGAAAUGGGCCUUAGCAUAUGGAAGAAAUACAUUUUCUGCUGAUAUGGUUAGCACUCAAAGAAGUGAAAGCAUGAACAAUGAAUUGAAGGGGUAUAUUAGUGUCAAAUAUGACAUACUUACCUUUUUUGAGCACUUUGAAAGGUUAGUGGAAGAUGAAAGAUAUGAGGAGGUAAAAUGUGAUUUCAAGGCAACACAAAGUACACCUAAGUUGAAAUCUGACUUGAGAAUACUAAGGCAUGCAGCAAGAAUUUUUACUCCAGCCAUAUUUAAGGUAUUCCAAGAAGAAGUGAUGCAAACACUGAAUUGUGAUCUGUUCGAUUGUGGUGACAGUAAUGCUGAAAAGGAGUACAAAAUAAAGGUUUAUGGUAAGAGGAAUGAACAUGUCGUGAAGUUUUCUGCAUCUGAAGUUGAAGUGAAGUGUAGCUGCAAAAAGUUCGAAUUUGUUGGAAUCUUAUGCUGCCAUGCGUUGAAGAUACUUGAUAUCAACAAUAUCAAAAAAAUUCCUGAACAAUACGUACUAAAUAGAUGGACAGUUGAUGCAAAAGUAGUUCAUAUAAAGAACAAUUCUGAGAGACAUGAAGAUCCCAAAACAAAGCUAUCAAAACGGAGAAAGGAGUUAUGCAGAAUGUUUGUUCAUUUAGCUACUCGGGCUGCAGAAUCUGAUGAAACAUACUUUAUGGCUGUGAAUAAUGCAGAGAAAUUAGCAGAAGAUGUGGAGAAAGGCCUAAAAAUAAGAGCUGAUUCAGAUGUCGGUACCUUAUCUCAUUCACAAGGUACACAAGAAGAAGACCAAGGUAUAAAACCAAAAGGCUUGAAGGUUAAGGAGAAGGAAAUUCAUGGAUCUGAGAGACCAAUUGGUGGUUUCGAGAAGGCAACAUGGCAGAAAAAGAAAACCAAGAAUGACCCAAUGUCUUCUGGUUCUGCAACAGAAGCAAACACACGACGGAAAAAGAAAGGCAAGAAUGACCCAAAGGUUUAUGGUCCUGCAGUGGAAGUAGAUAAUGUAACAUCUGAGCAACCACACUACACUGACCUGGUACGAGAUUUCUGUUAUAUUUAA